AUGGCUGCUACUGCGAAACUGUCGGAGCCGAUUGAGACUCGGCUAUUCAUCAACGGCGAGUUCCGAUCAUCUUCAGACAACAAGACCUUUGAGGUGAUCUACCCAUUCACCAAAGAGCUAGUCGCAAAUGGUCAGCUCCCAACAACCCAAAACGAUGCCAUCUCUAACCACCCUAUCCCAGUUCACGAAGCCACUAUUGAAGACGUCAAUUCCGCCGUCGCCGCUGCCAAUGCCGCAUUCCCUUCAUGGCGCGAUCUGGGCGUCGGCGGACGAGGAGCGUAUCUACGCAAACUAGCGAGUCUCAUCCUAGAGUCAAAUGACGAGCUAGCAAAGCUCGAAACCCUAUGCACCGGCCGGCCCAUCACGCAGUACUUUGACGCAGGCGCGGCAGCUGAAAACUUCCAAUACUUCGCUGAGACGGCGUGGUCUGCGCAGGGUACGGCGAGUUUCAACACGCCCGGGUUCCUGAAUAUGACCGUUAAGCAGCCCUACGGUGUGGCGGCGCUGAUUAUUCCCUGGAAUUUCCCGCUGGCUACUUUCGCCAUGAAAGUUGCGCCGGCGCUGGCGGCGGGGAAUACAGUUGUCUUGAAGAGUAGUGAGAAAGCGCCGCUGACGUCCCUCUUUGCUGCUAAGCUAAUCGCCAAAGCUGGCUUUCCACCUGGGGUCGUCAAUGUCAUCUCCGGCUUCGGCACCCCAACAGGCGAAGCAAUGGCGUCGCACAUGACGGUCCGGUGCCUCAGCUUCACAGGCUCGACGCUGACCGGCCAGAAGAUCCAGGCCGCGGCGGCAAAGUCAAACCUGAAACACACGCACAUGGAGCUAGGCGGAAAGUCACCAGCGAUCGUAUUCGAGGACGCAGACCUCGAGAACGCAGCGACAGCAACACAGCUCGGCAUCAAGUUAAACAGCGGACAGGUAUGUAUCGCCAACUCACGGGUGUACGUGCACGAGUCCGUCGCCGAGCGAUUCACCCAGCUCUUCCGCGAGAAAUUCGCCGCUACCCAAAUGGGCGACCCCUUGGAUCCGACUACGACCCACGGUCCCCAGAUCGACGUUCUGCAGUAUAACCGCGUGAAAGAUUACCUGUCCAUCGGCCAGAAAGACGGUACAUGCACGCAAGGUGGAGAUGCCAACAACGGAUUCUUCGUGCAUCCGACUGUCUUCGAGGGCGUGCCAGAGGACUCGCGACUCAUGCGCGAAGAAAUCUUUGGUCCCGUGGUUGCUAUCAAUACCUUCAAGACAGAGGAGGAGGUUGUUGCGAAGGCGAAUGAUACCGAGUUCGGCCUUUAUGCCUCCGUCUUCACGAAGGAUAUGGAUCGUGUUAUGCGUCUGACCAAGGAUAUCGAAUCUGGUUUUGUUGCUGUGAAUUGCACCUGUCCGUCUGUGACGAAGGAUGGUGCUUUUGGGGGUGUUAAGAUGAGUGGGAAUGGUCGUGAGGGAUACCUGUAUAGCUUGGAUGAAUACUUGGAGACGAAGUCGAUUCUGGUCAAGAUGGGGUAG